AUGAGCACAAAAAACUAUGAUGAACAUGUUGUUACCAAAUCAAGAAGAGGAAGAAAGGCAUUUGCUGCAUUUGCUGUAAGAGAAGAACAUAUAGAUAUAACUGGAAAACUCAUAAUAUGGAGGUUAGAAGACAUUUUUGAUGAUCCUUUUGAUCCUUUUGAAAUGCAAAGUCAAAAACUCAAAUAG